UAAUAAUUUUAUUCCAGGACUUUUUAUAUCCCAGAACUCCAGCUCUUCCUGUGACUGCACCAACCCCACCUGAAACUGGGGUGUGGCCGAAACCCUUGCUCGAUACACAGUUCAGGGCUGUUCCAGGAACUCAGCGAACCCCCCACUAACACUUUCUAUAUCUAGGGUUUACCGCUCCCUCACACUGACUAAACUCACUUUCUGAACCCGCUGACGUCACACUGAUAACCGAGUCAGGGAGAGCGAAUAGUUCCCAGUUACGGUCACUUUAGUAUUGCCAUUAAGGAGUGUUAGGCAGACUAGGCGGCAGGGAGGAGCCCGCAGACAGGAACUGCUCUCCUCAUCCUGUUUCCUCCCUCUGAUCUCGGGCUGGGAUAAAUUGGAAUUUGUGAGUUUGGACAAAGCGCCUGUCCGUGGCUUGAGGCCGCCCUUUACCCCCCAGUCCUGGUCUUCGUUGUCGAGUUCGACAUCGUAGCAGGUGAGUGUAGGUGGGCAACUUUUCCCCAAAGUCUCCCUUCUUUCUUUUAAACUAGUUGAACGUUCCUUUAGGAUUCCAUGCGCAGUUAUACUGUAUCAAGCUGGGAUCUUGUGUAAUAUAUGGGUUCACUUCAUGUAGACUUUUAUUUACUUUUCUUACCAGAGUAUUUCUACAUUAUUAAACUUUGUUUAACCCUUUCUGUGCCAGAGAUGAACCCCCAGUGUCCUGGACACACCUCGUUCUUGGCACUGAAAGGGUUAAAGCUAUGGUUAGAUCAGCCACCUAUUCGUACUCGGGUGAGUGAUCUUGUUGUUUUCCUGUCCAGGAGUUGUUUGUAAAAGUUGGCAUUAUGGUGGAGGUGAGGGUGUUGUCCACAUCCCUGUCUUCCGGCGCCAUGUAUGAUGCUGUGGAACUACAGUUCAGUCCUCAGGCCCGAUUCGAAGUAGUGGAGGCGUAGGGAGGGGGGUCUGAAUCACAUUUUUUCUUUGGGCCAGCCCUCUCCCUUUUUUAUUUUUUUUCUCUCUCCCCUCCCAAACCUGGGUUUACUUUUCAGACUUCCCUUUUUUUUAGUUUCGAUUAGACCAGUACUGGUUGUACAUGGUAUGUUGGAUUUACACUGAUACAUAUUUAAAACCAAAGUUUAUUCUCUAUAGCAUGCAUACUUUUCAGGGUAAUUUGAUAAGCUGUGAAUAUUGAGGAGUUAUUUACUAAGCUCCGAACUUUGGUAAACCAGUCUGUAUUUGUUGCACGUUUAAAUCCGAAUGGCAAUCUUGAGUCUACGUUAGCCGAUUUGGAGAAUUUCUCUGAAUCGGCUAUUUUAGCCUUAAUUUUAUAACUUGGAUUUUCAUUUGCUUCAACUAUAGUUUUAGUGAAUAACCCUGCAAGAUAGUUUCGAAAUUUAGGUCACAAUAGUUAUACUGAACAUAUAGCUGACUGGGUGACUUUUGUUUUCCAGUUCGGCUAUUUUGAAAUCCUUACCAUGUGUAAAUAACUAGUGAAUAAUCUUGAGUGUCUGCAAGAUAUGGGCAGAUCACAGGGUAGCUGUAAAUUUGCUAAUGUGAGCAAUUUCUUGUUACUGUCAUAUUUCAUUUUGUUUCAACUAGCUAUUGUUCAGAGCCCUGGUAUAUGUUGGCAUGUUAUAAAUAAUAGAUCGUUGUUCUUGCAGCAGUAGAACUGUUUUUGGAUCUUAUUUUAUUUUUUUUUCUUCCCAGGAAUGGUCAGUGUGUAGUCCAUGGAGUCUCUCUAAAAUUGUUGCCAUUCCUUUCUCACCAAUUUGCCCUGUGGUGUUAUGUUACCAUUCCCGAAAUUCUAUGCUGCUCCUCCACUUUAAUUAUUCAUUGAAAAAGGCUUAGACAAGGUGUCCAUCCCUUCAGGUUAACAUAGUUUUUGGAUGCAUUAAUAAUGCAUGCAGGGCUUUCUCUAAUUGUUGUUUUUAUAUGUAUCACGAAAAACCUGGUAUUCAAUGCUGGAUUCCUAUAUCAAACUGGCAACUGGCUUCUGUAUCUGCACAAUAAAGAAUUGUUAAUUUUAAACAAAGCCUAGCCAAACCAUAUAUAAUAUUUUUUUUUUACAUUGGAACCAUGUUUUGACUAUUUUCUAUAGACAGACAAGGGAUUCUGAGAGCAGAUAAAGGCUGUAGUAAUAUGCUGAUGCAGUGUGUGUGUGUGUUGGUUUUUUUUUUUUUUUUUUUCUCUAAGUAUGAUGGCUACCAAAAAUAUUAUCAGCUUGGUGUAGUAACUUGUGCAUUACCUUGUUUGCACAGCUAGUCACAUCAGAGUUUAAGCGUUUUGUAUUAUUUUGGCUUAUUUAGGACACUUUCUGCAGAAAAAGUAUACUUGGCAGUAUUCACAUUAUCAUACUCCUUGGCAAUACCGAUCUCUGUAAUAGGCAAAUUUUAAUUUUUUUCCUCUUGAAAACAUUCGAACCAUAAACCUUACAGCCAACUGUAGUUGUUAUGGUGCCAGGGUUGAGGUGUCAAAUUGUUUUAGCAGUUUGACAUUUUACCAGAGUCUGGUUGGCACCUGUGCAGCAUAACCUACAUCUGUUCUCCUUGCAGGAGAAGCUGGAUGUCACUGCUAAGAGCAACGCAGGACCCCAAUCUUUGGCUGAGCGCAUCAUGCUGAGUGCUCUUAUCCCGGGACUUGACAAAUUUGUUUAGAGUCUAGGAGCCAGCUACCAUCUUUCCCCUAAAAUUGGACUGGGUCUUUUUAUUAAUUUUUCCCUCGAAAAAUGCACUAAGUCUUAUUUUCAGGGGGUGUCUUUUUUUCGGGAAAAAAACGAUGGCAAGCAGGUCUACAUUGGGGGUGGGGGAGGGGGGGUCACUGUGGGUGUCUUUAAAGGGACACUAUAGUCACCUGAACAACUUUAGCUUAAUGAAGCAGUUUUGGUGUAUAGAACAUGCCCCUGCAGCCUCACUGCUCAAUCCUCUGCCAUUUAGGAGUUAAAUCCCUUUGUUUAUGAACCCUAGUCACACCUCCCUGCAUGUGACAUGCACAGCCUUCCAUAAACACUUCCUGUAAAGAGAGCCCUAUUUAGGCUUUCUUUAUUGCAAGUUCUGUUUAAUUAAGAUUUUCUUAUCCCCUGCUAUGUUGAUAGCUUGCUAGACCCUGCAAUAGCCUCCUGUAUGUGAUUUAAAGUUCAAUUUAGAGAUUGAGAUACAAUUAUUUAAGGUAAAUUACAUCUGUUUGAAAGUGAAACCAGUGUUUUUUUUUUUUUUCAUGCAGGCUCUGUCAAUCAUAGCCAGGGGAGGUGUGGCUAGGGCUGCAGCUCCCUUCCAGCUACCUUUCCUGCAGCUCCCUUCCAGCUCCCCAGUGUAAUCUCGCGAGUCCCGCGGCCGCAGAGUGUUGCCACAGGUUACCAUGGCAACGUGGCACGCAGACAGCGAGAUUUGCACUGGGAGCUGGAAGGGAGCUGCAGGAAAGGUAACAGCUUGCUGCCGACCCCCACUGCCCAGUACAUGCCAAGUUGAAGACCACCAAAGGACAAAGCUGCACAUGUAGCAGUGUCAGAGGGAGAGAGCCAUGUUUCUGUUAAGGCUAGUAAAUCUACUGAACGAGAGAUGAAGAGGUCGUGGACAGCAGUAGAUUUUGUAAUUUUGCAAACAGAGCGUGGCACCCUGGAUUUGUCGAGCCCUGCCUUAGCCAAAGUGCGCUGUCUCGUAUCUGCUAACUUUUGUAGGUCUAGAGCUAUCCAGCUUCACUAGCUGGAGAAUUCCAGAUGUGGCACUACAGGAUUUGGUUAAGUUGUCAAGCUGUUUCUCCAUGGUUUCUUAUCUUUCCAUGGGACAGUGCAAGGGCUCUCCUUGCACCACAACACUUAUAGCAGACUGUAGUCGUCAGUCCUGAGAGUGUUCCUUUUUAAAGGCUGUUAAAGGAACACUUCAAGCACCAUAAUUGCCACAGCUAACUGUAGUGGUUGUGGUGCCAAAAGUGCUCUGGUGCGCCACCCUAUCCUUUGUAAGUAGUCAAACUCUCUUAAAUAUUGGUUUGACGUCAUACCUGGGGUCUGCAGGCACUCGCUGCCUAUGUCCACCACAGCUACAAGAGAGUUGUAAGCUCCCUGCCUCAGUUAAGGAGGGCUUAGCUCAUUAGCUGAGAGAAAGGAGCUGAUGCUGUGAGCUAUCCCUACCCUGCUCAGUUUGACUUGGGCAAGCUAAUGGGACACCUUGCAUAGAUGUUUCCAGCUGUCCUCUCCUGUAGUGGAGGCAGAGAGCAGAGCUGGCAUACUGGGGAGCAAUGACCAUAGUAUACAUCUGCCCCAAUACAUACAUUUGAAAACAAAGAAAAAAGUUAGUUGUGCACUAUCCUGUAUCCCACAUUUAAAGGGACACUCCAGGCACCCAAACAACAUUCUCUAAAUGAAGUUGUUAUGGUGCCAGGAGGCCACUGGACGGACACUUAACUGAUAUUGUUCAACUGUUGUCAAAUAGUUUAACCCCCAACUUGCCUCCAGCGGCUAUCUUUGUGUUUGUUUUUUAUUUAUUAUUUUUUUUAUUUUUUUUUAAGUCAAAUGCUUCUAAAAUGAAUUCACUGCUUAUACAGGGAAGUACCAGAACCACUACAGUAGUUAUGGUUCUUUAAAUGUGUUUCGCCCCCCCCCCCUCCCCCCCAACUUAGACAUUCCAGGUAAUCCCUAAAUCCUAGACCAGGCAUAGGCAACCUUCUGCACUUCUGCACUCCAGGUGUUUUUGGUGCUGAGGCUUUGCCAGCACCAUGGGUGUCAGAGCAUUAUGGGGGAUGUAGUCCAAAACAUGGGUGUCAGAGCAUUAUGGGGGAUGUAGUCCCUGUCCUAGACUGUUAGGUGUACCUUGAGGAGAGGGUUGUGAAGUACUGCUGAGAAGUGUCAAUGUUUACUCAUUGCCUAAACAGUGCUGGUUGUCAGACUGACCACCACUCGAAAGACUUCCUUAUUGAAGACUUUAUGUUUGUGAGGACGCUAAACAAACCCAUCAAAGGCAGGCUGCAGCACUUGUCAAUUCUCUUUGAAAACCACUGGGUUGGACAAAAAUCCUAAUGAUGACUUCACCAGAGGAGAAGAGAUGUGUGUGUGUGUGUGUGUGUGUGUGGUGGUUUUUUUAUUUAUUUAUUUAUUUUUUAAUUUAAACAAGGAGUCCCAAUUGCCUAAAUACAUUAAGGAAAACGAACAUAAAAAAUAUUUAAUGUUCGCGUUUCUUUUAUUGAUAUCUGUGUCCAUCUGUACUUUAGUUUCACAAGGGACGUUUUGACAGUGCGUAAUGUAAAUAAGCUUCACAAGGUUACAAGUUAGUUUCAAAUUUUAGGCCACAGUAGCCAAUAUAGUGAGUUAUUUUUGUAUAAGAGUUGAAACUCCCUUUCCAUUACUAAUGUUUCAUAUUUUUAUUGAUUAUUGCCGUUGUUUUCACAUAUAUGAUGGUGAAAUAUUUUUUUUUUUUUGUUUGUUUUUUUUGUUUCCCCCUCCCCCACCACUCCUGUGUCCUUUAUCAGAAAAAAUUGGAAUGUUUUUGCUUCGGAGUGUAAUUCCAAAUAUGUGCAGAUUGUUGAGUGACUAAAUCAGGAUCUGGUCAUAUCAAAGUACUUAACAUUUUUGGCAGCUCACCCAAAAAAAAGUGCUGGCAUCCUUGACCCAUGUUUUAACAGGCAUUCAAAUGUGAAUGCAGGUGUUACAUUUUUUCCUGAUAUGAUAUUGAUGCUGGUCACUUAAAACGCAUGUACGUAAUUUCUCUGUUGGAUUCAAACUUAAACUCCUUUUGGUUAACUCACCUGUGCAAUAAGGGUUCAGAACGAAUGUAAUGUUGGGUGUGUGUGGGAUUUGUACCUUUUUUGUAUGCUAUAAUUGCAGUAAUGACCUUCGUGAAGUGGGGUUUGUCGUGUGUGGGCUCUUUUUCACUCUGCAGUGGUUUAAAAAAUAAAUAAAAUUUAAAUGCAUAUUUAGUAUAAACUACAAAAGAGAUUAGAUCUGUGAACGGUUUCCUGAGGGAAUUUUGCAGACACCACGUUGAUUAGGGGUAUGGUAGUUAUGUGAUUGCAGGUCAAACCAACCGUGAUCUGAGUAUGUGGAAGUUUGUGUUGUGUAUUACUUAAACUAGUUGAUAGCCUAAUUAUGCCAACAUUUGAAUAGCUGAAUUAAUCCACACUGACUGUCUAAAGGGGUGUUAAAAGACUGGUAUAUUUGAAAAACCCAAACUUUGCAUUUUUCUACAUGGAUGGAUAUGACUCAAUAUUGGUGUCAGUGAUUUUGAAAGUAUUAAAUUUACUUUUUUGCAAUUGACAUGACUAUUCACCAAAUGAUUGGUGGAUUGACCAGGGAAUUGCAAUUGGGCUAAAAUAUCCCCCCAGCCCCCUGAAUUUUAUGCCUCAUAAUAAUCCUAUAAUUUAACCUUUAAAGUUGAGCAGUAUUUUAUCUUGGCACAGAUAAGAACUUUGGUUUAAAAAAUAAAUAAAAACAAUUGCUCUGUAGAUUGUGAUGGUUGAGGGUAAUACAAUGAUCACCACACACUAUGGCAAAAUUGGUGACCUAAAUGGCUUCACUAAAAUAAUGGAAACAGCCCCAUGAGAUGUGCUAAAGUAGUUGAAAUCCUUUGCAUGUCCAGCAAAACAUACUGUCAAAAUUCUGAGUUUGAAACGAAAGCACAUUAUUGCUAAUAUUUUUAUAGUAAAAUUAUGGACCUACCCAACUUUGCUCCAUGGCGGUUUCCCUGGGGGGUGUUUUGUGAUCUAUUAGACCCUUUAAUUUAAGAAAAAAUAAUAAUAGAUCACAACAGAUUUUUAAUUUUUUUGAAACUGCUAUGUAUGUAUGUAUGUAUGGUUAACCCUAGUUGGACCAGGCACCCAGACCACUUCAUUAAGCUGAAGUGGUCUGGGUGCCUACAGUGGUCCUUUAACCACACUAUGUGGGGUGGUGGUGAGAAUUCUCUGGUUCACGUGGAGGCAAUCAUCUCUCAGGCAGACCAUUGGGUUUGGUUAGUUGGGGGGGGGGGGAGGCGGGGAAUUUUGAUAUUUAUUUAAAAAACCAUAAACACCAGAUUGCAUUUCUAUGUAUACAUAUGCUUGACAAGCCAGAUUUUAAGCAUUUUGUGAUGAUUUAGGUUCCAGUGAUGGCAAUUAACUUCGUUUCACCAUAGUAGAUAACAUUUUUACUGCUUGCCACAGUGAGGCACUACUUGUAAAUGGGGCAUGCCUCUCAAACCUAGAUUAAAAUUCUAAAAUAGGUUUUUCACUUAAUCAUUGUACAAUAAAGGUGAUCCUUUUAAGGGGAUACAUAAGGCACUAAAGAUUCAAAAAUGCUUUGGAGGGGUGGGGGGAGAAUUCUUCCCUGAUCCUAUUUUUCUUCUGUCUAUAGAGAUGACUUUAAAUACAGGAAACGUGAACUUCAAAUGGGACCCAAAAAGCUUGGAAAUUCGAACAUUGGCAGUUGAAAGACUGCUUGAGCCUCUAGUUACUCAGGUAAAUAAAUUUUCUGAUAUUUGAAUAUUGAAGUAAAAACAUUCUGUUUGUUUUUUUUUUUUUUUUUAUAUUUUGUAAUAAUAUACCUCUGUGUCUGCUGUCUGCCUACAAAUGUGGUUCAGCUGAAUUUCCACAAUUCAGUUGGACUGUAAUUGCAACCAGUCAGUUAUCCAUCACUAUGAAAAACUAAUUGGCACCACUUAAAAAGCUGCAUGGGAGAAAUGGUUAACUUCAAAUUCCCAAUUAUUAAUAUCCAGUGGAAUUCUGCUUCUUGAUAAAUACGUUUUUAAGUAGGAUUUCCAUGUGCAAAUCACUGAGUCUUAAAGCAGACACUAGAUGGACCUUUAGUAGCUGAGAACUACAAACGUGUUUGAAACUCCUUAAUUUUAGCAGAAUUUUGUUAAUCUCACCUGCAUCUGAGGUUCAGUGAAUAACACUGAUGGCCAUAGCACAUUCACUGGUAUAUUCCAAACCGCACCUGCUUAUGCACACCAGACAAGUCCUCCCUUACCAAUUGGUCAUUGCAGGAAAGUCUCCCUCUUUUUGCCUUAUAUGUGCAGGCAGACUUGAUCCAUGCAGAGUUCUCUGUGGCAGCUCCGCUUUGGUAAUAUAUAGCAGAGCUGCCACAGUUUUGUAAUUCUGCAGAUUGUGAUGCAUGACUAUAUUUUCCUUAUGAUGUUGUUGAUAUCCAUGUUUAAAAAAAAAAAAUAAAAUAAAAAUCUCUAUCAGUAUUUGAGAUGUCAAGUUUUGUGACUUUCUUGGUUAUCUAAUUAGGUAGUCAUGUGAUUGAUCUGAAGUGUUUAAAUAUACUCUUGGUUUUAAGUUCACUUUAGUGUAUUUAAACACUUCAGAUCAAUGGGAGUCGAAACAUUGCAAUUUUGGGACUGCAUCCCUUUUAAUAAAGAUUACACUCCCUGCUGGCACCAUUUUGCCUGUUUAUCCUUCACUUGUAUUGAUCCAGGCAGGGAUGUCAAUCAUAUGCACUUAUUUGAAUUGUGGGCGCUCCUACAAACAAAGGUUCCUGGCAGCUGCACCUUCCAUUAUGGCUGGAUGAGUAUUUCAGCUGUCAGGCGUACUGCACAAUGCAAAAAAUAUGUGCCUAUUUGCUAAUUCAUAUAAAGGGACAGUAUAGAUGGCAAAACCGUCACCCGCUGUUAUGGCUCCAGGUGUUUUAUUGUACCAUCUCACCAAAAGUAGUCAAACCUUUUUCAAAUAGUUUUCAGAGGCGUACCCAGAGUCUCUAGUGCCCUUGGCGAGGAGCUGUACUCCCCCCUCUAUAUCAUGGAAAAAGUUAAAAUUUGAAAGAAUGUGCUCCACUGUGUAAAGGGGAAACUAAAGAAACAUUUCUAGCAUUAUAUUUUGUCUCCUAAACCUCCCUGUCCCAUUACAAAAAUGAAUAAAAAUACAUUUAAGUUUCUUGGGAAUGGAGGCCUGCUAGUCACCUAAAGCAUUCCACACUAAUAUGAAACCACUGCAAGGAGAACUCCUACAAACCCUCCCAUCUGCUAGUGCGCAUGAAUUGCAAGCUCCAUACAUAAUGCUUUCCCAGUAAUAAUUAUCCGCCUCAAAAUAUAUACUUUUUUUUUUUUUUUUUUUUUUACCACACACACAUUUAUACUUGUGUGAUGAUGGUGAUGUGCCAGAGGAAUUCUUGUCACCAUAUUGCAAGCAUAGUACAGACUCAUCACAUCUAAUGACCAGCAUAACACAGGCACAUUACACCUUACUGCAAACACAACAAAGGCAAAUCACUUUUAUUAAUUUUUUUACAAGCAUAACACAGGGACAUUACACCAUAUCCGUACCGGACUGGCAUAAAAAAACAGCCCUGUUAAUAAUUUUAUACCAGACCCAUAGCAUUGUCAUUAUACCAGACCCAUAUCCUAGCGUUCUAUGCUUGUUCACAAAAGUGGGAAAAAACAUGCAUUUAAAAGCAAGAGUAUAUUCUAUAUAUAGACAAGAAUGUGAUAUAUCUAUAUAUCAUUAGUAUGUACAGUUAUCUCACACACUGCCCUGAUGUAUACCCCAUGCACAGGGCAAUAUAUAGGUCCCAGUAUGUAAACAAUGUUAUAUGAAUUGCCCUGUGCAAGGGUAUAUAUCAGGGCAGUGGUGGCUCUAGACUUUGUGAGGCCUUGGCGAUACUCAAACGUGAGGCCCCACUACAGCCAAAGUGAAAAUAAAUAGUUCAUUGUGUGUAUAAGGUCAGGGCCGGCGCUUCCAUAAGGCGGCACAGGGGCCGCCUUAAAACACGUAAAAGACUCCUUGGCUCUUUGCCUGUGAUUCACAUUUUAAAAACAUUUCCUGCUCCUGAUUUGCUGCCCGGUUCCCAGUUCUGCUCUGAUAUGUCAGCGGAGAUUGAUGGGCAGGGCACUUCCUCUCCCCCCCCCCCUCUCCCCCCACUUGCGGGGCUUAAAUUUCCCCUACAAGAGAUCCUACUUAUAUGAUAUAAUGGACAGGGCAGGGAUUGAUGUUGCAUUUAUUCAGGAGACUCAUUGUCCAUCCCCGGUCAUUCUGUCUCUUCCCCUCUCCCCCGUAGCCCUGUGUCACUCUUUUCCCCUAAUCACUGCCCCCUAUUACUAUGUCACUGUCCCCCUGCCCUCUAGCCAUGGGUCACUGUGUCCUAGCCCUGCGUCACUCUUUUACCUAAUCUCCUGCCCAAUAAACCCUGUGUUACACUGUCCUCAUAGCCCUGUGCUAAUUUGUCCCCCUAAUACCCUGCUCCCCUAGUCCUGUGUGACUCUGUCCCCCUAAUACCCAAUAUAUUACAAGAUCAACAAUAUAAUAAAUAAAAAUGUAAUUCUUGGUGACCCGUAGGUGGAGUACAUGGUAUGCACCUGUGUCUGGUGCAGACUAUUAUAAUUACUGUCUCAUGGUUUUGGUGCCCAGUUAUAGAGUCAAUGCACUCACACAGGGAUUCCUAGCCUGAACUUUGACUCAUAACAAGCACCAGACUAGAAGGAGGGGUCUGCAGUGCACUAGUCAUAAGUACAGGAUGUGUUUUACCACCGGGCCACCAGGGAAUUUAGCUCCCUCCAUACAAAAAAAGUAAACAGGAGUAGAGGUAAAACAUCUUUUUAUUAUAUGAAUUAAACACCCACUACACACAGCCAACACAUGUACAUGAAACAUAUCACACACACAGACCAAACACAGCCACCACACAUUACAUCACAUUAUUAUGACGUUUAUUAUAGUGGAGCUCUGUGAUAGUGUUAUAUAAAAUGCACAUUCAUUUUUAAAGGUGUGGAGCUCUGUAAUAAUCUACUGUGCACAACACCGAUUUGUGAUACACUCAAAAAAGACAUUUGUUUUCUUUGUUUGCUGUGGAUCUCUGGGAUUAACUCAUACGCAACACACAAUACUGUGAAUUGUAAUGCCCAGGAUCAAGAUAAAUGAGGAAAACCCAGUCCAAAGCAAUACAACUAACAGUAUAGUGUUGCAUGAUUGAGAAUCAAAAAGCACCAAAGCAAUAAUCUUUGUGUUUUGUAAGUGGUGCCUUUGUAUAUAUACAUCAAGGGAGUGAUGGGGUGGCAAAAUGCAUCCCUGCCUGUGUACCUAAAAAUUCUUGCACCGGCCCUGUAUAAGGUGCUGUAGUUAUAUUGAAGGAUGGCCUUGCAGCAUUGGAUACAGAGAGCUAGUCUCUGAAUUAAUUGUUCAGAGGCUUGCCGUGUCUCUCUUCUCUCUCUCCUCCCCCCCCCCUUUUUUGUUCUUACUGUAAAUAAACAAACCUUAAUUUGCCUUGGACUAAAUCCCCUUUUUUCUGGUCUAUAUGCAUGAUCUUGUGUCCUAUGUGUAGCCCUGUUUAGGAAUAGGUUUCCAGACAAUGGUUUGUACUGGUCUUGAAUAUACUUGUAUAAUGCUAUCAUAUCCCCUCUGAGGUGUUGUUUAUUGUAAACUAAAGAGAUUUAAAUUUGUUUACCUUACUUUAUAACUAUAAUGCUCCAUUUCUUUUAUUGAUUUUAUAGCCGCCUCUGCACUUGCCUAUUUCAAGAUCUUUUACAAAUCUGUUUUUUUUUUUCAGAGAAACGCAGUGUUUACAUUUCAGCGUGGUGGUGUUAACACUAUGAGGUCAGGAAUGUAUGUUUGUGUUACUGACCCUAUAGUGUUCCUUUUUAACGUAUGUGUAUAUAUCUGGAAUCCUUGCCUAGGAACAGUAAAUUAUUUUGUGUGCAUGAUUGUUUUGCAUUGUUUGUAAUGGUGCUUCUCCACUAUUUGCAACAUUUAGGUAACAACUUUGGUGAAUACAAGUAAUAAAGGACCGUCCAAUAAGAAGAAAGGUCGGUCAAAGAAAGCUCAUGUUCUGGCCUCUUCAGUUGAACAAGCCACACUGAAUUUCCUGGAGAAAGGAGAUAAAAUUGCAAAGGAAAGCCAGUUUCUCAAAGAGGAAUUGGUUGCAGCUGUUGAUGAUGUUCGUAAACAAGGUAUUUGGCGUGGUGUUGUGAGUGGGGUGGUUCCCCCCUCACCCCUCAGUACAAAACUUAGGAAUGCUAUAAUUCCUUUAACCUCUUAAGGACAUGUGACAUGUCAUGAUUCCCUUUUAUUCCAGAAGUUUGGUCCUUAAGGGAUUAACCUUUGCAUACAGAACUUUUUUCUAAAUAUUGCACAUUUCCUUUUGAAUCUUAUUGACUUUAUUCUGUUUUGGGGGCAAGUCUGUAUGUGUGUAUAUAAUGCUGAAACAUGCAAUGUGAGCAUUCACAGACCCAUGUAUUUUUGGACACUGGUUGGAAAAGGCACUCUUCUGUUUUUAAAUCGAAGUGUGUGUUUUUUUUUUUAUUUUUAUUUUUUUUCUAUUUUUUAUUUUUUUUUAUCCUUCAUGACUGAAGCAGAUUUUCAGACUCUUUCCCCCGAGCAACCUAUCACCCUGCAUGUGGCCUGUAAUUGACUGCUGUUCUCUAACCAGCUUUUAGUUGAGUGUAUCUGUCGGUUACCAUCCAGCAGUAGCUACAGUGAUCUAAAACAUUAACUUUAAGUCCACAUUUGGUACAAAUAAAGUGUUUUGUGUUCUACAGGAGAGUCGAUGAAGAGUGCUUCUGGAGAGUUUGCUGAUGAUCCCUGCUCAUCAGUGAAACGUGGAAAUAUGGUUCGAGCUGCACGUGCCCUGCUAUCUGCAGUCACAAGAUUGCUUAUUUUGGCUGACAUGGCAGAUGUGUAUAAACUACUUGUACAGCUGAAAGUGGUAAUUUCUUUUAUUUUUCUCUUGGCAAUCCUGUACAAGUCUGGAUGGUCAAAUGAUUAAUGAAUGUGAUUUGGGUAUUUUAAGGAUUUAUUCAGUGUGUUUUCCAAUGUUUGCUUAAAUGCAGAAAGAUUGAUAUAUAAUAAGGUUUUCAGAACUUUCCAAAGGGAAAAAAUAGUUAAAGGGACACUACAGUCACUAGAACAAUUACAGUUUAAUGUAGUUGUUCUGGGGAGUAUAAUCAUUACCUGCAGGUAUUUCUAUGUAAACACUGCCUUUUCAGGAAAAAAAGGCAGUGUUUUAAUUUGCCCCAUAAGGACACCUCCAGUGGCCACUUAUCAGGUGGCUUCCUGUGGCAGUGUACAGCAAUGCCUUCAGCAUCUCCACCCUCUGCAUGGAGACAUGGAACUUUCCUCCUAGUGAUGCAUUGGGGGGUGUGGUUAAAACGAUGUGGUCAGAAAUACAUGUUUGUUCCUGACCCUAUAGUGUUCCUUUUAAGGGAAAAAGUUAAAUUUACAGUUGCAUUUUCUCAUAUGCAUUUUUUUUUUUUUUUUUUUUUAAAUCUAAUUGUUUAAAACUUUAAAAGACAAAACAGAAGUGACAAUUUGACAGUUAUCAUUUUGAAAGUAUAGCACUGUCUAAAUGCUUUAUUACAAGAAGCUUAAACUGUAUAUCUUGGAUUUUAUAAAAUUUAAAGCUGUGGUGUGUGGGUUUUUUUGUGCGUGCAUUUAAGACUCUUCAUGCUGGAACACAUUCAGUUGUUCACAAAUAAAAAAUAAAAAAAUAAGAAAUUGUAGGUUCUCCUUUUUGUGGCUUCUUGUAACUUUUAUGAGCUUAUGAUAUGUUGACCAAUACACAGCACUUUGGCUAGGAAUGUUUACUGGCCCUACCACUGAGAAUGCCACAUAAUAUUAUGCAGAACUGGUUAAGUCCUCAGACAGAGGGUUUUUUUUUUUUUUUUUUUUAUAGGUGGAAGAAGGAAUUGCCAAACUAAGAAACGCUGGCACUGAGCAAGACUUGGGUAUACAGUACAAGGCAUUAAAGGCAGAAGUGGACAAAUUAAAUGUAAUGACUGCAAAACGACAACAGGUAAGAUUAUUUGUUCAUGUCCAUAUUUUGUUUCAUGGACUAACUUUAAUAAUUCUCUAUUUAAGAUUUCUUAAUGCUUCAUGUUUACAUAAAAACAAUCCUUAAGUGCGUAAUCAUCUUUCCACUGUCAUGAAGGCAUACGAAUUAUAAGUUAUAAGUGGCCUAAAGCGAAGUGCCUUCGUGUGGCAUUCUCUCUUGUUUCGGUGCUCUCCCUGCCGAUAUUGUACAUUUAUCUCUGACAAACCGCUAAAUUGCAUGGGGUUUUAAUAUAUCCAUCUUCUCCACAGACUGUAACUUUAUUUUUUUUAUUUUUUUUGUACACUCAACUGAAGAAAGAAUAAUGAAGGGUUUAGUUAUAAUAUAUUAUCAUACAUUGCAUAAGUCCGCCACAACUCAAAUGUACCCCACUUUUAGCAGGUCCGACUCGAGCCACCUAAUGCCGAGGAUGACACAUUCUCACGUGGGUGCUCUAAAUGUGUAAGACUCUCUUAUUCUGGCGUAGCUCUGAUCUCUUAAAAGUAGGGAUCGACCAAUUAUUGGUCUGGGAGACAUUAUCGGCAGUUAUUCUGCAUUUUCAGCAAUAUCGAUAUCUCCCAAUAAAUAUACCGAUAUUUCCAAUAAUGCAGACCAGGGCUGCCAUCAGGGUCCUUGGGGGACCGUGGCGGUCCUGGGGGGGCCCAACACAGACUUACUUGCCUUCACAGCAACUCCCCUGUCUACCUCUCGUGAGUCCCGCGGCCGUCAGCGCUGACCCGUGGCAACGCUCCACGUGGCACACAGGCCGCGAGAGUUAGACAGGGGAGCUGAAGGGAGCUGCUGGGAAGACACACACUCACCUGCUCACCUCACACACACCUCAUCCACUAACCAAAUAUUCACCGCAUCACUACACACACACAAAUUGUAUUGAAAACAUAAAUUCUGACUGGCAGGUGUAUUUUGUGCAUUUACCUUUUUAAUAAAUAAUUUGCAAAGGAAUAAAAAAAAAUGUUAAGUAAACAGUAGAUUUGUGUAGAAAUAGUUUAUUUUUUCAAAAUGGUAAAUGUACAGGUUAUCGGCUGGAAAGUUCACAGAUUAUCAGGAUCUGAUUUAAAAAAAAAAAAAAAACAAAACAAAAAAAAUCGAUCGAUCCCUACUUAAAAGCUGUAGGCCACCAUUCCUCCCAACCUCCCAGUGCUUGUUAGCAAGGUGUUUUACUGAUAUCGCCUAUUUAAUGGUAGAUUUUUUAUUUUUUUUGUAUAUAACUCUUAAUUCAUUUACUUUUUUUUUUUUUUUUUUUAGGGUCUCGUACGUUUUCUGUGUUUUUUUUUUUUUUUUAUUUGUUUUUUAAAUUGCAAAACUAAAAAUAAGUCUAAAUCCACACCAAACCAGGACAUUGUUUGUGUGCCAACAUUAACACAUUUGCUGUCCAGCAAUUAAAUGUGUGGGUUUUUUUUUUUUUAGGAACUGAAAGAUGUGGGACACAGGGAUCAGAUGGCUGCUGCCCGUGGCAUUUUGCAAAAGAACAUUCCAAUACUGUACACUGCUUCACAGGCGUGCCUGCAGCAUCCUGAUGUUGCUGCUUACAAGGCCAAUAGAGAUUUGAUUUACAAACAGCUUCAACAGGCUGUCAAUGGAAUCUCAAAUGCAGCUCAAGCCACCGCAUCUGAGGAAGUUGGGCAGCAACAAGGAGGUGGAGAGCUAGCCAUUGCAUUGAACAAUUUUGAUGUUAGUAAUUUUUUAAAAUUUCUUCUUUUUUAUUUUUUAUAUUUCUUUAUUUUUAUUGUGCAGUUGUUUACAGAGCAUUUAAAUGACGCCACAAUAGUGUAGACCUUAAUCAGUACAGCAUAAGCAAUGGCACGGAAAACCGUGCUCCUUUUUAUAGUAAAACGAUUCUGAGACUGUUGAACAUAACGUGUAUUAGGGAUUGUAUACAGGUGGGUAGGUCGGGUAUAUCUAGCAUCAUAUGUUCGAGCUCUAGGCAUUUUCGUAGCACUUGACAUCGAGAUCGUAUUACUUUGUAGACAUAGUGCCUAAGGCUACGGUCAUCCCUGUUGCUAUUUGUAAGUGGGGCUUCCGCCCUGUUAAGGGCAGCGCAGGGUAUGCAAUGAACGAGGUGUAAUGGGAUGCUAACAUAUGGACAGGUAAACAUGUAACCAGACUCCUGCAUGGGGUACCAGUGGAGCUUUGGUAGGCAUUGAUAUGGGGUGGAUGUUAGUAUUUUAAUCUUUCGGUGGGUUGGUAAUAUAUGCAGUUUAUCCAUAAUACUAUGAAUACACAGGGCAACUAACUUUGCACACUCUGGGUAAUUGAACUGGCGUAGAAAACUUGAAAGGAAUAUGGAUGAAGAGGACAAGUCUAGAUCUCACACACGUUUGCCCAAAUUGUCACAUUUUGCCCUUGAACUAAAACUGUGGGAAUUCUUUGUCCAGAGACAACCCCUUUACUACCAAGCACCUUUAAGUAUUUGAAAGGAAAAAUAAAACUCGUACCUAGCACAUAAUCUAAAACAGCAAUUUUCUGUAUAAAUUGUUUCUCAUGUAAAUUUACACAAUUCCUUCAUGUAAUGCGUUGUUUGUUUUUUUUUUUUUAAACAGAAACAAAUUAUUGUGGAUCCUCUUGGCUUUAGUGAAGAAAGAUUUAGACCUUCGCUGGAGGAACGUCUAGAGAGCAUAAUUAGCGGUGCUGCCCUAAUGGCGGAUUCAUCUUGCACUCGUGAUGACCGUCGGGAACGCAUAGUUGCUGAAUGUAAUUCGGUUCGACAAGCUUUGCAGGAUCUUCUUUCUGAGUAUAUGGGAAAUGUAAGACUUCUAUUUUGCACUCUCAGAACCUAGGCUAAUGUUGUCUUAAGUCUGAUAAACUAGGUAACUACGAAACAUAAAGAUUUUUUUAUAGCAACUUAUUAGUCCAACUCAAGCAGCACAACUGGCUUUCAUGAUAAUGAAAUACAAGCCUCAAUUAAUUGGCUGCCUGUUUAAAAAUUCUAAAGCUAGCCUGGUAGACUGUGUUUUGUCUAUGGGUAUUGUGUACACACUGCAUUUUAAGUAACUUUUGUAGGAAAGAUUAAGUAGUGUGUGUACUCCAACCCCCUAAGGUAAUCAUAUGCAGAAUAUAACUGUUAAAAUGUGGAAUUUUAACUGGUGGUCUGAUGCCUGCCAACCCUCAACAUCUUCAUGUUGAUGAUAAUCUGUUGCUGCGUAAACCUACUUGAAGAAUACUGUGAGCGAACCCAUACUUGCCAACCUCUUUGGUUCUUAGCAUAGUUACUGGUAAGACCCACCCAUAUUAUUAACAAAGUGUUCAAAUAGUGUGAGAUAUAUAAAUAUAUAUUCUAUUUACGUACCCGGUAUAACAUUUGUGAACAAAUAUUUGGUUUAACUGACAUUUACAAUGUGUUUGUUUGCAGACUGGCCGCAAAGAAAGAAGCGACACCCUAAAUUCUGCAAUUGAGAAAAUGACGAAGAAAACCAGGGACUUGCGCAGACAGGUAUUUAAAAUGUUGUGCCCUGUUCCAGGAACUGAAUUUGUGUAAUCUCCAUACAAUAAGGUUCUAAAUGUAUUGUGAUAGUCUUAUAAAUGUAUACCAAUUUCCGAACAGGGAAAUAUACAGCAACCACAAAUAUUGAGGGCAUCUGGGGACUCUGACACUGUAAUCAUUAGUGUGCUGUAGUGGUUAUGUUGCACAGACUGCUACUUUAAUAUCCUGUGGUGUAUUCCAAUUUUGCCAUGCUUCCCUUAGGGCCACGGUAGUAAUGGCAUCCGCCAAAUGGUUUCUGUUGCCAUGUUGUCUGACACACAAGCUUGGUUGGUAUACAUGUUUUCCUUCAGGUUCAAGUAUACACCUGGGCACUGAAUAACAACCAGCAGCCCACUGGAGGGGAUCCUCUCCCACGAUUCAUCACCAUUUCAUGCAGCCUAGUGGUUAACACUGAUAAAAGUAACUCUAUCUGAUCCUCUGCUAACCCUCAGAGGUAAUUUGGUGGAUGGACAGUUUUUAAAGUAGUUACACAAACAAGAGCUCAGCAACUGUAUAUCUCUGUCCCCUUUCUUUAACUGAGGAUACCAGGCUCACUUCAUGCUUGAGUCCUCCUAAUGAGCAAAUUCACUUGCACAUGUCCAAAAUAUUUUGUGCACUGUGAGCUUACAUUACGUUACAUUAGUAAUAAUCUCUGAGCACUCUGAACAAAACCAUUUUAGCUAGGAUUGAUUGCGUCAUGUGUUCUGGAACAUGAAUUGCUAUUGACCAUUUGUGGACAUGGAGUUGACAGCCAUCCAGUGCCAGUUUGACUGCACUGCAAAGGUCAAGUGAUUUGGCUGUCCAGGGGUAUUUGUUUCGAUUUGUAAUGCUUUGAGUGUCUUUGUUUUGAAUACGUCUCUCUCUCUCUCUCACCUCUCCAUAUAGUUUUUAAUGAUCCAAACUUUUACUUGUAGCUCCGUAAAGCUGUUAUGGACCAUGUCUCUGAUUCUUUUCUGGAAACAAAUGUACCUCUGCUUGUUCUAAUUGAAGCUGCAAAGAAUGGGAAUGAGAAGGAAGUAAAGGAAUAUGCACAAGUAUUUCGUGAACAUGCCAAUAAGUUGAUUGAGGUAAAACGCUGCUGCUACUCUUAGUAUGACCUGAAGGGGAGUGUGGAGAACUAUUUUGAAAUUGUUUGUACAUUCCAGAAAGUGUUGUCUUUGCUAGACUACAUGUAAUUGGGACUAGUUUUCUGACCGUUCACUUGUCUACUUUGUGUACUCUAUAACCUCUCCUGUUCCCCUCUUUCUCCCAAGUUACUGGAUUACGUCUGUCUGCAGUUUAACGUAGGCAAGUUAGUUAUAGACUUCUAAAUUUCCAAGUUCUGAAAAUUGACACCACACUGCUGUGCAUUUGAAACAUCAAAACAAACUAGUGUGAAAUCCAACCAUCAGAUCGUGGGUUCCAAAUAAUAUUUUAUUGUAGUAGGAAUAAAGCAGAGACAUUUAUGAAGCCAUUAAUUGUGUUGCCAAUCAUUCUAUGCUCCAGGGCACAAUAAACAAACAAAUGCUGACAUGGCUUAUCUCCUGAUUUGUAAUUACAUGUGUGAAGAUUUCAUGUUAUACAUUGAUGUUUAUUACACCAAAACACAAACUCAUUUAAGAUGAAAUUUGUUAUGCAGAGUGUAUUUAUAGUAUUCAUUUUAUAUUAAAGCAUUUUUAUUUAUUUUUUUCAUAUGCCAUAGGAAAAUGUACAUGUCUCCUAAUUAUUUUCAUAAGGAGGCAGCUGUUGCUUUAUUAAUCCAGGAAAAGUAACCCAUAAUGGUUAUUCAAUGUCUGUUGAAUUACCUAUGUGGUGUCUAUUUGCUAGAAGAAAAAGGAACACUUGGCUUGCUUUCUGAAAGUGUCCUCCAUGCAGACAUAAUUCUCCUAAAAAUAAAAUGUGAGAUGCUAAAUUUACUGAUCUUUGUCUGUGGGUUAGUCCUUAACUUAUAUAAUUUUCACCAAUCAGACAAAAUAUUUUCUAUCCCUACAAUAUAACAAGUUGGCAUGAAAUUUGCCUGACUGAAAUGUUCUUUUCUUAUAGGUGGCUAAUUUGGCAUGCUCAAUAUCCAAUAAUGAAGAAGGUGUCAAACUUGUUCGCAUGUCGGCUAAUCAACUUGAAGCUCUCUGUCCUCAGGUUUGUAAUGGUUAGACGCCUUCACUUAGACUUGUAAAAUGUAUUUCCAAAAAUCUGAAGAAGAAAAGUAUUGUUUUAAACUAACAACGCUUUAGCAGUGCCACUUGAACAUAUGCCAGUUUCUCAAUGUGAAACCAUAUAUAACUUUUGGCCUUUGAGUUGCAAAAAAAUCUACUUUGUGAGCAUUCUGUAACCGUAAUAAUUUUGGUAGUUUAUUUGUGAAGCCACACUUGGACUUGUAUUACUGGACUCUCCAUCAAUAUUUAAUCAAGAAAGAUCAAGAGAUUUAAAACUAAUCACUUGUAGAGUGCCAAUGUGACUUGUCUUCACUGUAUACAAUAUUCUUUGCGUGGCAUGCUUCCAUGUUCGCAAAGUAUAUUGAAAUGAACAGCAAGCCCCAGCUACUUCCGGGUUUUGGCCGUGAAAUGCAUGACCUCAUCGGACGGCACGCGCGAUGACGUCUCAUCGCUCUGACAAAACCGGAAGAACAUCUGCAAGAGAUUAUUGGACUUUUUGGGACAUUUGGGGAGGUAUAAAGGACUGGGGAGGGAAGGGGGAAGUAUUACUAUUUAGCUUAGCAGAUUAUCCCGUAUUUUGUGUAUAUAGUUCGUGGAGGACAGGAGGAAGUUUUCAGGGUACCUUUGGAAGCUUCACCAUGCACAGGGAAAUUUUGUCUGCUAACAUCUUAUUUGCACUAAUUGCACUUAUAGUUUGUGUAAAAACAUUUUGUUUUACCUGCACCACUGUAGUUUUAACCCUGUGGUCUACAUUAGUUUUGUAGAAAUUGUUUUUUAUAUUGCAGGGUUAAGCACACCUCUGGUGGCUCACAUAUUGAAUUUCUUCAAAUGAGAAGCAUUUGACUGGAUGUGCUUGCCACCUAGAUUGUACCCAAAGUUGCUCUGCGGAGCAUUGGUUUGGACAUUCAUUGUGGAAGCAAUUCCUCCACGAUAAUGUCAUGGAAGGUGGAGUGGGCAUCACUGGGGGAGUUUUGGCGCUGAAAAAAGUAAAAACACUUAAGGUUAAGAACUUGUUAGAUUUGUAGGAUAUUGCUAUAAACUAUUUAAUUGUUGGUACUGUUCAUUAAAAUUGUGACCAUUCUGAGACUUGUCCUAUCCUUCUGCUUUAUUAAGGUAAUCAAUGCAGCAUUGGCAUUAGCAGCAAAACCAAAUAGCAAGCUGGCACAAGAGACUAUGGAUCUUUUCAAAGAACAAUGGGAAAAGCAAGUUCGUGUUCUGACUGAUGCUGUUGACGACAUUACUUCAAUUGAUGACUUCUUGGCAGUCUCAGGUACCUUGUGUUUAACCUUUAGCAUCCCUCCCCCAUUGUGAGAGGAUUUCUUGAACUCAAAAUAUAAAUAUAUAAAAAAAAUUUUUUUUUUUUUUGUUCCAAACCGGGCAUUAGCCUUGGAAACAUAAGGACCACUGCAUGGGCUGGAAGAGGCCAGGAGUAUGGAGGCUCUGCAGAGGUGUAGUGUGAUUGGGACACUGAUACCUGCAUCCCCUUACUUCCAGAUAAUACAGCACCCUAUGCCACCCCCAACAAACAAAACAAAAUAUGGCCGAGCAUUUUUCCCGAAAGGGUCGGGAGUAGUGUGUGUGUGUGUGUUAAAAAAAAAAAAAAAAGUGGAGCCACCACCUGGCUAAACUAGUUAAAAUCUCCCCACUUCUGUACAUUUAGGGUUUCAAAGCAUCUUUAACUCUUGAAGCAGAAGUUUCACUUCUCCCUUUAAAAUUUUUUUUUUUUUUUAACCUAAAUUAUUUUGACCUAAAUAAAAGUUGUCACUACAGAUUCCUUGGACUUAUAAAUACUUAAGUAAACCAUAGUGGCUAUGGUGCUUACAGUGUUUGGUUUAAUUUGAUGGUUUUUCACUUCCAAAUCUAAUUGAAGUGUCUUUCUUUUCAGAGAAUCAUAUUUUGGAAGAUGUCAAUAAAUGUGUUAUAGCUCUUCAAGAGAAAGAUAUAGAUGGCUUGGAUCGAACAGCUGGUGCAAUUCGUGGACGUGCCGCAAGAGUCAUACAUGUUGUCACUUCAGAAAUGGAUAACUAUGAACCUGGAAUAUAUACUGAAAAGGUUCUGGAGGCCACCAAGCUGUUAUCAAACACUGGUAUGAGAGAAUUGUAUCUACAAUCACUCACACCAUUUACAGGACACUGUUGUGCAAGCACCAUACUAAACUUGUAUUUACAUUUUGUGUUCUUUGCACAAUGAUUGAUGUGGAAGUAGGGUGAAAACAUGCACUUUAUUAAUGGUACUCUUAUUGGUUUUGUCCCCCUUCACCCCCCAAUUUCCCUUCUGAAUAGAAGUGGCAUGGUUCCGUUUUGGUGUUUUAUAACUCUUGUUUUGCCAUCCAUGUGUACACCUGGAGGUCUGCUUUCACAUCCAAUCUUUAGAUCUAUUUGAAGAUUCUAGAGAAUAGAAGUUUUGCACGUAUCUUAACAGACUAAAAACAAAUGUCAAGCACCUUCUGGUCUCAAGGAGGAUACCUAUAUCUCUAUAAAAAAAAAAAAAAAAAAAAAGUAUAACUAUCUAAUGCACUUUUAACAUGAGUAAUCUGAUUGUAUUACUUGUAGUUAUGCCACGUUUCACGGAACAAGUUGAAGCUGCAGUGGAAGCCCUCAGCGGAGAGUCUAAUCUGCCAGUGGAUGAAAAUGAAUUUAUUGAUGCAUCAAGAUUAGUAUAUGAUGGAAUUCGUGACAUUCGGAAAGCUGUACUGAUGAUCAGAGUAAGUUUGCCUUUGGUAGUAAAAUUAUUUGUGUGUGUGUAACUAAUCAUACACUUGGUAAAGAAUGCUGUUGCAGUCUGUUUAAUGGAGGGGGAAGAAAACACUCAUGGUUUGGAAACUGUAAAAUGCAAGAUGCAGUGAAUAACAUUGGUUACAUCGUUACAAUGACACCUUUUAAGGGGUGGGAUAUAAAGCAUAAAUUGAAGUUCAAUUUCAUGUGUUGGGUGAAAAGAUCUGAGUGACUGACAAGUGCCAAAUGGUGAAGGCUAGAUUACUGGGUCAGAGUAGCUCCAAAACAGCAAGUCUUGUGGGGUGUACCCAGUAUGCAGUGUUUAGUACCUACCAAAAUGGUGCAAGUAAGGACAACCGGUGUCAUGGCCAUGUUACUUUGACUUUACCACCUACCUAGAGUUUGUUGCAGACCACGUACAUCCAUUCAUGGCAAUGCUGUUCCCUAGUGGCAGUGGCCUUUUUCAGCAGGAUAAUGCACACUGCAAAAACUGUUCAAGAAUGGGUUGCAGAACAUGAAGAGUUUAACGCGUUGCCUUGGCCUCCAUUUUCCCCAGAUCUCAAUCCGAGCCUUUGUGGGAUGUGCUAAAAAAGUAGAACGUGAUGGCGGAUAACAGCUAUUCGGCCCAUCUAGACUGCCCAAUUUUCUAAAUGCUUUAAUUUGUCUCUUAUAUCUAGGAUAGCCUUAUGCCUAUCCCAUGUGCAUGCUUACACUCUGUAAAUGCGAUCUAUGGAGGCCCCACCUCACAACUUGAAGGAAUUAAAGGAUCUGCUUCUAGGAUCUUGGUGCCAGAUACUUUAGGAUACGUUAAGGGGUAUUUCCUCGACGCAACAGAGCUCUUUGGGCACCAUUAGUGAGACCUAUACAGUAAUAGGCAGGUGGUUUUAAUGUUGUCUGAUCAGUGUACUGUUACACAAAUAGAACUGGAAAGACCGUCAUGGUGAUAACACAAGCUUCGGGUGUUGACAAACACCCGUAGUUUAAGGCUACUAAUUUUAUUAAAAUGUUACCUUCUGUAUCUUAUGGAUUACCAAGAUGUGUAGUUUUUCCUCAAAGACCUUUUGUCGUAUUUACCCCAAGUAAUACGCAUCAGCAAGGUGUCAAAUUUGCAGUUUCAACUCCUCCCACAAAUAAUCUAAUAGGAAGCUGUGAAACUAGCACUCAGAUGCAAUAAAAGCCUAAAAGCGUUUCUGUUUGCUGUAAUACUUGGAUCAGUCAUUUAGAAAAAAUGUGUAAUUGGAAAAUUUGAGUCUUAAAUCUUACCCUGGUUUGAAUGUCUGCAACAGUCACUUGUGUUGAUAUACUUGAAUGCAGUCUUCAAUAUUGUUACCAGUUUUAGCCAGUAAUGUUUGUUAUGCAUAUCUGUCUUGGUUAUCAAAACAAAAAAUGAAGGAAGUCUUAACAAUUUGUUAGAACAGACAUACUUUUUUGGAGUCUUACUUUUGUCAAGUUCAGAGUAUGUAUGGGUUUUCAUGUAUCGGCAAUUUGCUGGGUAUCUGAUCCCAUCCUCCCAGGUAUUGGAACAUUAUACAAUUUUUAGCUUGAUUUUAAAACCUUUUGUAUCAAAUGACAAGUGGCACUAUGAGAUUUACUUUGCUUUACAAACCUAUUUUAUCCUCCUGUUAAGAAGCCUCUUGCAAUGUAUGCAUUGUUUGUUGUAAUCUGAUCUUAAAGGUUACCUCAUGACAAAACCACUUAAUCCUAAAUGAUAGAGAAUCCAGUUUAAUUUUUUUCCUAUCUUUUUUUCUUUUCUAGACCCCUGAUGAGUUGGAUGAUUCAGACUUUGAGCCAGAUGACUUUGAUGCCAGGAGCAGAACCAGUGUACAGACUGCAGAUGAUCAGCUUAUUGCUGGACAAAGUGCACGGGUAAACUUUUAGCUCUUCUACUGAAACCUUAAAGUCAAAACUACAAUAUUGUUCCCCUCCUAAUACAUUUUGAUAUAUACAAACAAACCCUAUACAGAUGUUGGUGUAGUCAAAGAACUACGUUAUUGUUCCCCUCAUAAUAAAUUUUGAUAUAUACAAACUAUACAGUUGUUGGUGUUGGCGUACUAUGGCAUUUUACAAUUUAGAGGUAAUCUUAUAUUUGUCUUUAUUCCAGGCAAUCAUGGCUCAGCUUCCUCAAGAACAAAAGGCUAAAAUUGCCGAGCAAGUUGCUAGCUUCCAAGAAGAAAAGAGUAAACUGGAUGCUGAAGUGUCAAAAUGGGAUGAUAGUGGAAAUGAUAUUAUUGUGCUGGCCAAGCAGAUGUGUAUGAUCAUGAUGGAGAUGACUGAUUUCACAAGGUGAGGCUUGACAACCAAUCUGACAUAACUAGAGAAACCAGAAUAAAGCCAGAAAAACUUUGAAAAUUAUAUAAUGUUCAUAAACUUAAUAUAAACUUGGUCAGAUUGUAUUGUUAGACACGCCUCUCAGCUAGGAGAGUUUCUUCAGCACCCGCAUCUUUUCCACCCAUCUCAAUUUCAGACCAACUGCCGAACUCCUUAAGGACUGCGGUUGUAAUAGGUACGUCUGACAAAACCGGUCCUUUUGCCACAGAGGUACGUCUGCGGCAAAUAUAUUACUCAAUCGUUGCUGUUUCCCCACCGGCGAACGUUGUUGCUUCCGGUCUGGGGGCACUGGCUGACAGUCCAGCCAGUCUCCCCUCAGCAAACAUGGCCGCAAUAGGCGUCCAUAGUGCUGCCUGCAGGACAGGCAAUCUCCCUGCUUCUGUUAAAAAAAAAAAAAUAAAUACAUACUUUAAUUUAUUAUUUAAAUUUUGUAUGUCAAGAAGGGAGCACUCUGGAGUCUUUGUAAUAAAUUCAGUGUCAAACUGUUGCUUUAUUUUUCAAAAACAGUGAUACAACGUAGAACAUAUAAGUCGACGAUUCAGUCUAGACUUUUUUUCAAGAGAAGUGAAAAAUGUCUGCAUAGACUGAAACGUCGACUUAUGUUGUAUCACUGUUUUUGCGAAAUAAAGCAACAGUUUGACACUGAAUUUAUUACAAUUACUCGAGUGCUCUCUAUUUGGAUGAGAGCGAGACUUUUCUGAACACAAAUAUUAGUGUUUCAAUACAGUAAAACCAUCACAGCAAUGAUUUUGUCAGUGAAAGCAACGUUUACAUAAAUGGCACUUUCACUGAUAUUGUGAUAUGUUUUACGGUUUUGAAACACUAAUAUUUGUGUUCAGCGAAGUCCCUUGAGCAUAACCGUACCCCCAUGUACAGGUUUUAUGGUGUUUUUGAAGGUUACAGGGUCAAAUAUAAGGCUUGUGUUUUUUUUGGUUUUUUUUUUUCACAUUGAAAUUUUACCAGAUUUUUUCUUCAAUCCUUUUUUAUAGUAAAUUUAUGAUCUGACAAUGGUAUCUUUAUAAAGACCAUUAAAUGGCAAGGAAAAAAUGUAUAAUGUAUGGGUACCGUAAAUGAGAGACAAAAAUUACAGGUAAACACAAACACAGCAGAAAUGUAAAAACAGCCCUGGUCCUUAACGGUAAGAAAAUUAAACUGUCUGGUCACGAAGGGGUUAAAAGACUUGUCUCAAAGUGAUGCAUGUCCCUUUUAAUGGAACAAUAUAAAGCUUUUUCUGCUGUGGUUUUUGUAUUCACUAUAAAAAUUUGCUCUACAGAGCUAGUCACAUGGCGAUACUAUAUCUAUGAAUGUUGUAUUUUCAGUUGUAACUUGAAAGUCAUGCUGUUACCUUAUUUUUUAUUUUUUUUUUGUCUCUCCUGGCCAGAUUUUACACAUUUCAUGUGUAUAAUGGAACCAGGUUCACUAAUUAACUCCGCAAAUGUCACACUUGCAUUUAAAUACACGUAUGCAUAUUACAUUUAGUAACUGUUAAAGAGGAAAAAGUGUCCACACCUGUUUAACAAAGUAGGUUAAAAUGUAUUGCAAACGGAGGGUCUUCAGACUGCAGGAAGAGAGGAUAACUCGAAAAGCUAAGGUGGUGGUAAGAAAUAGAUUUUAAAAAAGUGUUACCUGUCCGACACAGCCAAGUUUCAAUUCUGACCUGCCUUACAAGCAUGAGGAGAGUCCAAGAUUGCCGCCACGCACCCACAUCUCUUGAGACAAGCAGGUCCAGAACUGGAGAGAAGUCUAAGGAAAAACUUGAAAAGCUAUUCCGAGAAUUUUGGAACCGUAUAGAAUGCCGAUCGAAUGUACCUACCUUGCAUGCCCCGCCGCAGACUCCAGAAGCCGCUCUGGCUCAUUGUCCCACCACUGAGCCGGGAGCCCACGUGGAGCCGAUUCCACAGCACAGUUCUCACUCCCGAGGGGAAACCCAAAGGCUGAAACCUCGGAGGGCUCACAAUCCUUCCGAUGGGAAAGGAGAGAUCCCUGGACCUCCGGCAUUGAUUCCUAAUGAGUCCUAGGCUAGAAGUAACGAGUAUACCUGGCAUGGGGGACUGUUCCUGCCCUUUUAUGCUACAAGCCAGCCCAUCUUGAGUGGUGGAGGUGAGGGAAGAGAGCUGGUUUCAAACUGCCCUAUCUAAGCAGGACUUUCAGUGGCAUAGGCUGACUGACCUAGACAGAUUCUUCACCAAUCCAGGAGGAUAAUCUUCUGUAUUAUAGAAAUGCAUGUUUUAUAUGUUCGCUUCUCUUGUUAGUACCCAGAGGCUUAUAACCUUUUUAGAUUUCAAUAGCUGAAUUAACUUAUUACGAACAAAUUGUGUGUUUACCCUGAAUGCCAUGCUAUAUAUUAUAGUAUCUGUCAAUGCUGUUGUGGCAACACGAGUCUCUGUUCUUACUCACACUGCAAAAAUAAAGAAUAAAAAAAAAAACUAUUAAACAGCUGUCAAGUCUGACAGUGAGUCGAAAGCCAGUAUUGGUAAACUGAAGAGACGUUGCAGUACGCAAUUUUAUGUCCUCUUAAGUCACUGCGAACUAAAAAAUGUCCCAUUAUCCCUGCAAUUUACACGUUUGUGUAGGAGAGCGCAUUAAGGGUACCCCAACCAAAGAAGGGCUUUUAAUAAACUUAACUUUGCUACCAAAGGUAAGCAUCAUUAGUAGACCAAAGUUUAACUAAUUCUGUAUGUGCAGUAUUACUGAAAUCCUGCACGUACAGACUCCAAACACCCUGACCACUUCAAAGCAAUUGAAGUAUAUAUGAAGCAAUAGCCUAAUUGUAGGUUAAAUGGCAACACUGAUACCAGGACUUUCUGAUUUUAUUUUUUUUUUUUUUAAAUCUAUUUUGCUGUUUCUCUAUAAACAUCAGCAGGGAUAGAUAUAGAAAUAAAUUAUUUUAUUUUUUCCUGACUUGUGGUUUGGGGGGAUUUGUACAUCUGCACAGUUGCAAUACAACUGAAUUAAACACUUGCCAGCAUGUAACCAGACCAAGCAAAGUUGCGGUGUUAAUUUUUUAUUGGUGGAUUUGGUUUAAUAGAGUAAUGGACUUUCAUUUCUUCUACAGAGGAAAAGGACCCCUUAAAAAUACAUCAGAUGUAAUUAGUGCUGCCAAGAAAAUAGCAGAAGCUGGAUCACGAAUGGAUAAGUUGGGCCGUACCAUUGCUGACCAUGUAAGUAACAUAUGUUUUUAGGACUUUAGAGAAUUUUUUUCGUACCAUUGGGUACUUAAUAAUAGACCCAAACAAAAUAAUUCUAGCCAAUUUGGAGAUUUAUGUUUCCAUUAAUUACAACUCUUGGCAAACCAUUCUCAUAUUGGGGUUUUUAAACCCUAUUUUCUUGAUCUUGUUUAUUGUUUGAAAAUGGUUUGUAUUAAAAGAACACUAGCAUUAUGAAUACAAAAGUCUAUUCCUAAUGCUAUAGUGUGCUGCAAACUAUUUAGGUAUCUUCUUGUCAGAAGAUUAAAAAAAUAAUAAACUAAGGCAAUUAAAUGCUUCUCUAAGUGGAGGCUAGGAGCAGCAUAUGAAUGAGAAGUUUCACUUGGUUCUCAAUGGAAAGGGCCUCUAGUGGCUGUCAGGAAUACUGCCAUUAGGGUUGUGUUUAAAGGGAACCUCUCAUGCCCAACAGUACUUCUCUGUGCUUGUUAAAUUCUAUCUGUACAUUGUGCUAGCAAAUGCAUAGUUUGGAAUAAAUGCCUAUUUAAAAUUAUUAUUUAUAAUUUUUUUUUUUUUUUUUUUUCUUAUCUGAAUCUGUUCCUAGACAGACACUUAAUGUCACGGAAUUGAGAGGCAUGGAGAGCCGAGGGAAGGUCCCUCUGCUCUUCACCCAUAGCAACCAUAGUGCAUGCUCCUUGGUUGUUAUGGUAAUUCCCUAGCUCGCGCUGGAUAGGGAAUAUGAACCAAGUAAAGUCACAUCACUCUAUUACUAGAUGCUGGCAACAAAGCCAGCUUGUCUGCCUAAUGGAAGUUUUUUUCCUUUCUUGGGGAUGUGUCCCCAAGCAGGGCAAAUAAACAAAGAGCACAAGAGGAACACAGUUGGACAGGAGGUGGGUGUUACAGAAGUGUCACCUCUUUAAUUGGAUCUUGGCAGUGGAGUGAAGGGCCAAGUACAGCAUGACAGUUUCCCUUUUAAGCAUUACCGGAACUACUAAACAGCCAUAUAUUUUAGACUGCAAGGCUAAUCUAUCUAAUUAUAAAAUGAAAAAAAAAAAAAAAAAAAAAAUAUAUAUAUAUAUAUAUAUAUAUAUAUAUAUAUAUAUAUAUAUAUAUAUAUAUAUAUAUAUAUACACAUACAUACAUACAUACACACCGUCUAGAUAGAUAACUAUAAAGUAUAAAUAAAUUGGGGAAAAUACAAUCUAGACCAGUGACAUUGCAAAUGUGAAAGUGAGAUGAAAAAUAACGUGAAAGUGAGAUGAAAAUUUUAAAGAGAUGCAGGAGAAAUCCUAAAAGGGGAAGAUUUCAGUUUUUAAACUGAAAUUAAAAUAGAACAUUUAUUAAUAAAAACGCCUUUAAAGAUUAUUGUCUCAACACCCUGAAUUUAAACUUGGUCACUAGAGGGCACUCUAAUACUUGGCUAAUUUAAGUCAACAUAAAAAUGUUCCUUUUAAGGUGGCUUUCUGAAGUUCUAGUAUCAGGAACACAAACCUGUCUUGCUGACAGUGGUAAAAUAGACAUUUAGGUGACAGGCCCUUUAAAUAUUGUUUAAAAUCACUAUAAAAAAAAUAACCUUUCUCCCCAUCGCUGUGCCGUGAAAAGGUGGUAUUUACAUUAAAAAGACUGCAGAGACAGGCUAGACCCUAAAGUAAGCUGUUGUGGUGACUAGAGUGUCCCCUUUAAGUCAGACUUGUAACAAAGCGUGACUAAUGCUUAACUAGCUGUAUUUAUUUGUGUGUGUGUAUAAUAUUCUGUAACUUAAAACAAAACUAUUUUAUAUUAAAGGGACACUCCAGGCACCCAGACCACUUCUGCUCAUUGGAGUGGUCUGGGUGCUAGCUCCCACCACGCUUAACCCUGCAACUGUAAUUAUUGCAGUUUUUUUAUAAACUGCAAUAAUUACAUUGCAAGGUUAACUCCACCUCUAGUGGAUGUCUACUAGACAGCCACUAGAGGGCACUACCGCGUUGAUGGCAAAGAUUUUCUUUGCUAGAGUGUCGCUGGACGUCCUCACGCUGUGUGAGGACCUCCAGCAUCUGUUACCCAUCAAUGCUUUCCUAUGGAGAGACCUAAUGCGCGUGUGCGGCAUUGCCGCGCAUGCGCAUUAGGUUUCCUCGGCGGGUGGGAUCUGUCUCGCCCACCGGCUGACACGAUUACUGGGAGGAGCGACGCCGACACGAAACCACCACCGAGGGAUAUCUGCGGGGUCUCAGGUAAGUGACCUGAAGGGGUUUUCACCCCUUCAGCUACCUAGGAUGGGAGGUGGGAGGGAGAGGGUAUCUGCGGAUUGUUUUCCUGGUACUGGAGUUUCCCUUUAACCCAUCUGGGUUGGGACACCAUUUAUGUGCUCCAUACUGAACUUUGUUUCAGUAUUUGGAUAAAAGGGAGUACCAGAAAAGCUGCUUUGACCUAGUACUCAGCGGAAAGACUUGUGGUGAAAAAGAAACCAUUAAAGAUGACGCAAGACAAGCACUCUAGGUUAGAGGUGAGAGUGAACUGGGCACCUAAGUGCCCUUAUGAAGGCCUGAAGGAAUCAUUUGAGCUUUGUAAAUGUAUUCCACAUUGGACAAAGAGACAGGUGUACCAGAAGUAAAAUGCUAACUCAGCGCCCUGAAAACAAUCUAAAGGGAUGUGCCACUUUGCUAGCAUCUUAGAAGUAUAGGCUAGUGUACAGGAGGUUAUGUGCAUGUGUGUAAAACCAUAGAAACAUGGAAUGAGAAGGAAACUAUAAAGGAUCUGUAGCAAUGGCAUUUAAAAACCUUUUUAAUUUAAUUUUUAUCCUUGUUUUUAGUGUCCUGAUUCUUCCUGCAAGCAAGAUCUUGUAGUAUAUUUGGAACGCAUUGCCUUGUAUUGCCAUCAAUUAAAUAUAUGUAGCAAAGUUAAGGCUGAAGUUCAGAAUCUUGGAGGAGAACUUGUGGUAUCAGGAGUAAGUACUCUUUCUUUAUAACGUUAAUACUGCAAUUAAUUUUAUGGUCCCCAACACAGCUUGAGUGGCUUUGAGGUUUCGCCUCAUUCAUGUUGUGCUUUUCUCUCUAACCAGGCACAUGAAAAUAACUUUAACUCCUUCCUGACCGGUGAUGUACCAGGUACGUCCGCCAAAAAAGGUUGUUGACCACCGCGGACGUACCUGGUAUGUCAUUUAGUAAAUUGGCACUUACCUGAUCGCUGGCUUUUUUUUUUUUUUUUUUUUUUUUCCAGCGAACUCAAUCCUGGGGUCUGCCUGGGAGCUCAGGCAGACCCCCACUGCCCGAUCGUGCCCUCCUGCGCCAUGUGAUCGUGGUGUUCUCGCGAUCACAUGGCCGGAAUAGCCGGCUUGUGCAAUACCUGCCUGAACUCUCAGGUAGACCCCCUAGUGUCUGGGGGAAAAAAGUUUAAAAGUUAACUAAAAGUUUACAAAGUACAUAAAAAGUACUUGGAGAAAUGUAUCUCUCGAAGUACUUUAACAUGCACAUAAACACACCAUUAUUAAGUGUUUUAAUAUAAUUUAUAUAUUAAAUAAAUUGAAAAAAUAAACAUUACAUAAACAUAAAAUUAUAUACCAGUUUCAAUUUGUUCUAACUGUAUUUUGAUUGUAAUAUACAUAUAUAUUUAAAUCAAAAUCCAUUUAGAAUGAUGUUCUAAAUAAAUAUCCCCUUGAUGACUGCGGACAUCCUAGGUACGUCAGACAAAAAAAGUCUAAGUACAGCGGACGUACCUAGAAUGUCUGCAGAAAAUGGGAGCCCUGGACUGGCUAUCCGCGGCAAUCACCGUUUGGGGGGGGGGAGGAGGAGGAGGAGGAGAAGAGAGUCCCCCUGCAGUAGCUCUGGCACUCCAGGGCCAUGUGAUCAUAAAGAAAAGAGGGAUGGAACAGCACUAUACAAAGGAGGAGGCGGCUGCACACCUGAGAGGAAGGGUAACCCUCAAAACCGUUCAAAGCACUGGAAAAACAGAAAACAACAAGUACAGGGUGCGCCAAGAACAAAGUGAAUAAAUAGAAAAAAAAAAAAAGGGAAACCGGUAAAUUCAAGUCUCUAAUUCACAGGUAUAUUCUUCAGAAAUUCUCAAGAUGUCUUGGGUCAAAUCCUUAUCUGCAUAUAGGAAGAAAAAAAAAAACACAGAGGGGACCAAUGGUGCAGUAACUUAAAGGAGUAUGGCCACAAACAUCACUGAGGAUAAGAAAUGCCAACUCUCAUUUAUGGGAGCUAUAACCAGGUGUUUUAAUCUAAAUAAGAGUGGUUUUUUUUUUUUCUGACUACCUGCUAUUUUGGUUAGUCUCUUUAAUUUUAAAUACUUUUUUAUAUUUAUCCUUUUUUUUUUUUUUUUUAAUUAAUUUAUUUAUUAUUUUUUUUACCUGGCAUAUCCUAACAUCUGAAGCUUUUAUACCAUCCAAGGAGUCCGUGGUGUGGAUUGUUCCACCCAGGCGCCUUACACAGAGCGUAAUAACACUUUUUUAAUAUAGAGAGCAUUAUGGGCCUUCUCUUGUGUUUUUUAUUUAUUUUUUUUUUAUUUCAUAUGACCUACACUGAAAAGAUAGUCAGAAGAAUAUCCUACAUGUGGGGAGUUUAAAUACCACUGUAUGCUGUUUUAACUAGAGCUGGUUAUAGCGUCCAUAAAUGGGACUUGGCAUUUCUUAACCUCAAUGUUGUCUGUGGCCAUACUCCUUUAAGUUACUGCACCAUUGGCCCUGUGUGGUGUGUGUGUGUGUGUUUUGUUGUUUUUUCAUUCAUAUAUGCUGAUGAGGAUUUGACCUAAGACGUCUUGAGAAUUUCUGAAGUAUAUACCUGUGAAUUAGACUUUAAUUUGUCUGUUCCCAUGUGAUCACUCCUAUCCACACACUAAGGAGUACCACCAGGUGGGCCUGUUUUAGCAGGGGCCCGGUCAGGCACUGUGGCCCUUUAACAGCACGACCAGGCCCCAUGCUUUUCGUCAGCCGGCUGGGUGGAAGUGACAGCCGCAAGUCACUUCCUCCCACAGAGAGAGAAGCUGCGCGGGAGGGAGGAGCAGGCAGUGAGGACGGGGGCUCCUCACUCCUAUCAGCCUCAUGCACCACACUGGACCCCAGGGAAGCCACGCUCCAGAAAAAGGUAGGAAACUGGGGUGUGGGUUUAACAAAUGUAAACUGUACGUGUGUGUCUCAGUAUGUCUGUAUAUCUGACACACACACAUUGACAGGCAUACUGACACCCACAGAUGUAUACACUGACAGAUAUACUGACACACCAUAUAAAUACAUUAACUGUCAGUAUGUCUGACCAUAUAUGUGUAUCUGUGCGUCUGAGCAUCUGCAUGUGUCAGGUUGUGUAUCGGUUUGUUUCUAUAUCUGCAUGUGUGUAUGUACUUCAGUGUGUGUCAGUGUAUUUUUUUUUUCUUUGUUAAUUUAUCUCAGCAUUCAACACUAACACUACAUACAAACACACUCCUGCAGCGGAACGUCAAAACUACAUACAAACAAACGUCUGUGUUAAACACCAAAAGUAUAUAUACACUCACCACUACAUUCAAAAACCAACACUACACAUAAAUGCAUGCUUGAUUCAAACUCCAACACCACAUGCAAACACACCUCAUUCACACAAACAUAAUCCAUACAAAAACAUUCCAUUCCAUUCAAACCCCCAAACACAGCUCAGUACUACAUCGAACCAUGCAAGCAUGGGAAACUGGUAGAGCCCCAGUUGUCAAAGCAUUAUUGGAGUUGCACGACAGAUGGGAUCUACCUUUUGGCCAAGUUUGAGAUUGGUGGGCUCAAAUAUUCCUUGCACCAGGGCUCUUUCUACUUUAUUUCCGCCACUGCAUUGGGGUGGAGGGUGUGAUUGCAUGCCAGGGAGUGGUGAGGGGAGCAGAGACCAGGGGCCCAAAGCAAAUGCUUGCCCAGGGUCCAAUCGAUAUUAAAGAUGGCCCUGCAUAUAUAUAUUAUUUCAUUAGAAGCGUACUUUGAGAUAUAUACAUAUAUUCUAAAAUGCUUUUAAUUAUAUUGUAUGUGUUAAUCUGUACAUACACAUGUAUUUUGUGUGUGUGUGUGUUUGAUUUUAUGAAUAAUUUGAGGAACCUGCCUGACAACACAGGCAGACAGUCCAGAUAAUUUAAUUGGUAAGCCCUAUAUUUAACCCCGUAACUUUCCAAAACUCCAUAAAAACCUUUACAUGGGGGGGUAUUGUUAUACUCUGGAGACGUCACUGAACACAAAAACUAGUGUUUUAAAAAGUAAAACUUAUCAUGACAAUGAUAUCACCAGUAAAAGUGCAGUUUUUGUGUAAAAAAAAAUAAUAAUAAUAAAUAAAUAAAAAUUAAAUGUAAAAAAACAACGCUAACUACAAGUUAAGUGGCUACUACAAAAGACUGGACAUACCCCCUUUUGAAUACCCUGGGUUGUCUACUUUUACAAAUGGUAUGCCAUGAUGGGGUUAACGUUAAUUCCUGGGCUGCUAUACUGUCUCAAAGGCAACAUAGGCCCAGCAAACCAAUCUGGCAAAUUUCAAUGUGCAAACAUGGAAAAGGUGAAACUUGUAAGUUUGCAAAAACCCAUAAAACCUGUACAUUGAGGGCACUGUUGUAGUCAUUAGAUGUUGCUCAACACAUAUUGGGGUGUUCUUUGUCAGUAAUCCAUAACAGGAACUGAGAAUCCAUGCCUAAAGUACACAGUGUAUGAAAAAUAACAGAAAAUGACUACCCAAAAGGUUGACAAAGACUGGUGGUAGAAUUAGUGCAUGGAAAGUGUUAAAAUACCACCAUUUGAAAUACCCUAGGGUGUCUACUUUUCAAAAAAUAUGGUUUGAUGGAGGUAAAUUACACUGUCCAGCUUCAAAAAUGUCCCAAAUAGGACAUGGGUGCAUGAUGAACAGCAGUAAAAAUUCCAAGUUGGAAAACUGGAAUGCGCACUCUGCAAAUAUGGUCUUUUAGCCCUCAGAGAACCCAACACACCUAUACAUGGGUGGUAUCACUGGACUCUGGAGAUGCUGCUAAACACAUAUUGGUGUGUUCUUUAGCAGUAAUCAUUAAUAUUCUCAGUACAUGUAUUCUUAAAUUGCUAUGUGUGUCAAAAAAAAAUCACCAAUUAUUGUAUUUUAAAUUUGGCAUAAAAUGGUUGCAUGAAGAGUCAAAAUACCCCAGGUUUAAUAUAUAUAUAUAUAUAUAUAUAUAUAUAUAUAUAUAUAUAUAUAUAUAUAUAUAUAUAUAUAUAUAUAUAUAUAUAUAUAUUUUUUUUUUUUUUCUUCUCUCCACAUAGCUAAGGUGACCAGCACUCACGGAUUCAUUAACAGGUUAAAACAUCCAAAAUUUAUUGAAAAUUUAAAAAAAAAUUGACAGCUCAACGUUUCAGUCCUCCUCUGGGACUUUCAUCAGGAACAGAGGAGGACUGUUUUAACCUGUUAAUGAAUCCGUGAGUGCUGGUCACCUUUGCUAUGUGGAUAUCUGGCUUUUCCCUAGGACUACAAGCACCUGGUAUGUAACUGUUAAGCCUGAGUGCAAGGAUCUUGUGUGUAUAUAUGUAUGUGUGUGUGUGUGUAUAUAUGUAUGUGUGUGUGUGUAUAUAUAUAUAUAAUUACACACGCAUAUGUGAAGGGUUAUUUAAGGAUUUCUGAGGGAUAUCAGUGUUACAAAGUAACCUUUUUGUUAAUUUUGGGGAACAAAAUGGUUUGGAAACUGUAAAGUGCUACUUGUACCUUUUUGCCCUGUAACUUUCCAAAAAAAGCUUAUAACAUGUUAAUAUUGGGUAUUUCUAAACUCAGGAUAAAACUUAAACUAUUUAGCACGGGUGUUUUUGCGGUUGUAGAUGCGCAACAGAUUUUGGGGGUCAAAGUUAGAAAAGGGGGGGGGGGUGGGGUUUUUUAAAAAAUUUUUUUUUUUUUUUUUUUUUUUAGUAAUUUAUAAUGAUGAAAAUAAUGGUAUCUUUAGCCCCUUAAGGACACAACUUCUGGAAUAAAAGGGAAUCCUGACGGAAUAUUUGGGAAAAACUGUCUGGUCACUAAGGGGGUUAUAGGUGAUACCUGUAGCAUGGCUUAGUAAGAAACAAUACUUGCAAAACCAUUUUUCCCUUUGUUUGGAGCAGUAUAAGGAGAUUGUUUGGUAGACAUAUGAUUGAUUAGUUUUCUACUAAUGUAUAAAGCUGGUAUUUUCAUUCCAUUUGCUAUAAAUACCCAGGCCUUGAGUUUAACCGCAGUAUUGGGUGCAAAGGAGGACCUAAUCAAACCAUGAGCUUUUGGUAAUACAACUUGCCACUGAUCUGAUGUAACCAUGGCCAUGUAGGAUGUGUAUAUUCUACGUUUGCUCCAUUGGUUUCAUCUGCAUCAGUAUAGAUUGGCAUUACGUCAUUGUUAGAAACAAGAAAUUGCUUUUCAUUGUUGAACAGCCUUUUGUUUUAUAGAUGUUUGUAAGCUAAAUACAUGGCUAAAUUGUAACUGAAAUAAAAAAUUUUCUUAAUAUUGUAGGUUGAUAGUGCUAUGUCCCUCAUUCAAGCUGCUAAAAAUCUGAUGAAUGCUGUAGUGCAAACCGUUAAAGCUUCAUAUGUAGCUUCUACGAAAUACCAGAAGUCACAAGGAAUGGCAUCUUUGAAUCUUCCAGCAGUUUCAUGGAAAAUGAAGGCUCCAGAGAAGAAGCCUCUUGUCAAAAGAGAGAAGCAGGAUGAAACCCAAACAAAAAUUAAACGGGCAUCUCAGAAGAAACAUGUUAAUCCUGUUCAGGCCCUCAGUGAAUUUAAGGCAAUGGAAAGCAUAUAAAUCUAUUUUUAACUCUAUGUAUUGAUGCUUCCAAUGUUGCUUUUGUUUUUUUUUCUUCUAAAGUUUUAAGACUCACUAAUUUUUGCAAAAAUGUAAAUUAAAAUUUCCACAAUAUAAAAGAGAACAUUUCUAUUGAAUUUUCUUGCAGAACUAAUAAGCAAACUUUUGGAAUAGUUUUUAUAGCAAUCUUACAGUUUUAUGUGCGUGUGUUAAUCUAUAAAUCUAUUAAUUUUACUCAAGAUGGGUGUGUUUCUAUUGUUUUGCAAAUUGCUAUGGUAUGAGGUUAUUACUGCCACACAUGGUUUUGAAUUUUUUUUUUUUUUUUUCUUAAGGAUAUACAUAUUGAGCUUUACAAUGCAUUUCAAAUAUCUUUCAAGAUUAUGUAGCUGCUGUGUAUUUUUGGUUAAUAAAGUCCUUUUAUAGUUAACUUUGAUUUGUUUUCUUUCUCCCUGCU